CUGUUUCUGCACCACUUUACGGGGGAAAAGUCUUCGUCACAAAAUUCCACCAUGUCAAUCAAUUACACGGCAAUAAAAUUCGAUGUCUCGGCUUGUCUUAUAUAUUUGGCAAAGUUCUAGGGACAGUUUUCUUUUAUUGUUACGAAAAUAUAGUGAUGAAUAGUGCAGUACUAUCAGUACUUUAUGGUUGAUUAUAAAAUAGUGAAUUCCAUUUGUUUUUUACCUUAUAUAGUGAAAGAAAAAGCAUAAGAUUUACCAAACACUGCGUCAAGAGGAGGCAAGUUGUGACGUUUUCCACAACUGCAAUCAUCUGCAAUGUCAACUGAAAAAAAAUUGGGGUCUAAUGAUUCCGUGGUUGCGGUGGUUGCUGAUCUAGAAAUGAAAAGAAAAUCAAAUAAGGAUUCUGCUUUAAUAUCUGAUGGAGGAACUCGUUCAAGUGCACUUGUGCUAGAUUCGAAUUAUAUCGAAAACAAGAUAAAAAAUUUGCUCAAUCAAAAAGAUGCAGUCAAAACCGCGAUAGAUGACGAUGCAGAAGAUGAGAACUCUGAUAGCGAACAAAACGGAAAUCGAAUGAUGGGAAUCUUGACAACAGAAGAUAGUUGUAACGCAGUUGAUAAUAAACUUUUUUCAAGAAACUUCGAUGAUAACAAACACGAAGUAUCAUUCAAAGAACUUUCCUUCAAUGGUAAGAUAAAAAGCUUUAAUGCGCAAUCUUCUAUGAAUAGUGGUUCGGAGAAAUUGGCAAUUGCAGGCAGCGCAUUAACGUGUAGCGAAAAAAGUAACCAAGAUAAACUCAACGAGUCUUUUGAAAUUUUGACAAAGGAGAAUAGUUCACUUAUGCAUUACAACAAUGAAAAAUCUCCAGAUUUAUUUGCCGACGAUGACUACGAUGACACAAGUGAAGAUGAAAAAUCAAAGUCGGAUUUAGAAGUUCAUGAUUGUCCAAAAGAAUUAAACUCGAAACAAACAAUUCCAGAUAACGAUGGCGUUAGCAAUAUUGAGCGAAUUCUCUUAAAACGCAUGCAGUUGUCACUGUCUGGUGUGCCGCCGCCACCAGCAGUUACUUUUUCUCAAGUCGAUAUAAACCGUGUGCUUGAUCUAUAUAAAGAAAACGAAAGUUGUUCAGGUUUUAGCAAUGACCAAACAAUCGAACGAGCUUCCCCUGGAAAACUUUGUCUCAGUAAACCAACGCAUAGCCCAACAGAGUUAUUCUCGUUAUCGUGGCCAGAAAUCUUGAAGUGUAGAGCACACGGUCUCCACUACAACCGUUCGAAUGUUUCAGAAAAUAUUGAACUGCUAGGGUUGAAAUAUGUAGAUCGAUACAUAGGAGCAGAAACAAGUUCGACCUUCAAUGUGAUCCAUUCACCAUCUAGUACUAAAAAACGAAAUUUACGGUUGAAAAUGCUCAACCAAUCACCAGGGAGCCGUCUCAGUCAUCUGGCUCGCCGUAGGGCGGUGUUUUCAUCCGCUAAUUUGCUCAAUAGCUCAGUUAACUCUGUUAUCGCGACGGGCCUUUCUAAUACGUUUCGCGCGAGUAAUCGGCAAAUUUUGCUUGAUGCAAAGAAAUCAGAUAACCGUCGUAAAAACAAAGGGCGUACACCAAAACGUCGUACACCUGGUCGCCGCAAAACGCCUAGUAGACGAAAAACACCUGGAUCAUCUAGUAAAAAACGUGCACUCAGUUUACCGAUGGUAAAACAGUCACAACCAGUCAGUCGAGAAUCUUCCAAGCGGGCUCUUUUUCAGAGUCCGCCUCGAGAAGGUUCAAACAACCUGACUGCGAUUCCAGCCACAUCGGUUGCAGGCAGCAGUUCUACUGUUAAUAAAGUUCAGAAAUCCAAACGUGCACUGUUCUCGCCUCCUAAACGUGUUCAUCGUUUCUCUUCAGUUUCCUCUAGUCGAUCGAAUCUAUCCGUCAAAGAAUCGUUGAUGAGUUCUCAACGGUACGGUUCCACUAAUAAUAUCGAAAUGUUAAAAGAACACAGCGGGGUCACAGAUAUAAUCACCGGUGAAUCUGUGGACCUAGGCGGAAAACGAAAACGAUCAGAAGAUCAUGACGACGACAUAGAUUUAUCUACUAAUAUAGGGAAAAUUGCUCGCGUGGAAACGAUAAAAGAAGAAGACUUGACUCCUCGCUCAUUAAAACUUGCCCGAAGUCAAAGUUUUUGUUCCAGUUUAAAGAACUCCAAUUGCAGCAGCGCUUCGGAGAAUAGUUUAUGCGGAAAGUCACUCUUUAGAGCAAGUUCAGAAGUUACAUUUCCUAAUUCUGGAAAUCGCUCAGUGGCAGUUUUAACAGAGAACCAUAAAAAGAAAUUACUAUGGGCUGUUUCGCAAGCUUUACAAACCAAGCAGAUUACGGUAAAACAUAACAAUUUCAAAGAGUACGCUUCCAAUCUGGCACGUGUCGUUAAACGGUUGUUCUUGGAGUUCAACGAUAAUACAGUGACCAGUACCAGCGAGAAAUUGCUAAGGUUUGCCAACAGGCAUGUUUUUGAGGUAAUUCAAGGUCACAGUGUUGAUGAUAUCUACCUAAAGGAAAAAACUCGUAUAAUGAAUGCAAGGAACUUUGGAAAAAUACAGGGUUACAUUGCCCCAGAAGACUAUGAGCAUCGUAAACAAAUGCUGAAACGCAGCACGUCUACGUCAGUGCUCAUUGCAGAUAAUUCUAGUGAUGCAUCGCUGUCUGCUUGCUCUAGCCAACUGCAGCUGAGCCAACGUUCGUUUCUUUCACAAAGUUCGGAGUUUUUAAACCAGCUAUCGCAAACUUCGCACCAUAGUAGUCAAGUGACAGAUCUAAAUGGCUCGCAGAAUACGAUACUCCGUGAAAACAUUGACAGUGAACAACGACAGAAAUCGGCUCAAAAGCAAGUUUCUUUUUCCGGCAAGGAUCAAAAAAACCUUAGCCCUUACGCAGACAAGUGCGGAUCUUUAGCAAAGAGUGUAAAAUUAAUUGUCGGUGGUGCCCUUUCGUCCACCAGCGUGCUGAAAGCAAAACGACAGAUCUCAUUUGAGUAAGUUUAUGGGAGUGGUGGAUUUCAACGUACAUGAUAAAUUUAAAAGGUGAUAAAUCUUUCGCAUUGUAUGUAUGGAUUAUGGGUGAUUUUUAUCGCUUUUGUUUGCGGGCAACAGUGACAACAUUUGACUGAGUUAGACACGCAGGGUUACGUGUUAACCGGAAGUUGAAAAUAAUUCUUUAAAACUUUUUAAAAUUCAAAGCUACACUUUGUGGAAAUUAUUUUUGCACGAGAACAUUUACUGUGGCAGUUGUAAAUAGUAUGAGACAAUAAGUUUAUAAAUAAAUAAGCAGAGUUUCUAAUUUAUUAUA